AAGCAUGUUAGAUUUUCCCGCGCUAGUGAUAGAGAGAGAGAAGAAAGAAAGAGAGAGAAUACUACACUGAUAGGGUUUCUCCCAAAACAAAAAGAGUGUUCUUUUAGAGAAAGUGCAGAUAGAGAGAGAGAUAUUAGGGUUUUUGUUUGCCAAAAAAAAAAAAAAACUCCAUUGCUCCUGCUGCUCGAUCUGGGAAGCGGUGCGUUUUUGGCAAGUAGAAAAAGUUAGGGUUUUUGGUUGUUGGAUCUGGAGAUCAGUCUUGAGAUCUAUACCUAAGUAAACUCAAUUAGGGUUUUCAACGAGCUUGGCCACUUCAAACAUUAUGGAAGAUAUGAAGCCUUCAACUGCGUCUACUAAAAAUUUGCAUCAUGAUGGAGUAGGGGAAAAUGAUACCAUUGAAGUGCGAUUUACAGACUUUUGCAAGAUUGGAUUAUCUGUGAGUGAGGAUGCUUACGAAGAAGCUAUCAAGCUUUUCAAAGGAACAAAACAUCUUCUGUUGGCAAACAUUUCAGCUAUUGGAAAUGGAAUGCCCGAAGAAGCAGAAAGGUUUUGGUUUGCAUUUGUUUCGUAUUCUGUUAAGCGGUUAAGCGAGAAGAUAAGAGACAAUAUGCAGCAGAGGCCUGAUGAUAAUGGGCUUACAUUAUGCCAAAUACUGAGACGUGCCAAGCUGAAUAUUGUAGACUUCUUUAAAGAACUACCUCAAUAUGUUGUCAAGGCGGGUCCAAUAUUGAGUACUAUGUAUGGUGUAGAUUGGGAGAACAGACUAGAGGCAAAGGAGUUGCAAGCCAAUUUUGUGCACUUGAGUAUUUUAAGCAGACACUACAAGCGUGCAUACCGGGAACUUUUCUUGACGAGUGAUGCAAAUGUUGAUAAGCAAUCAGCAACAGCAUACAUGUCAGACUAUCAUCGUUUUGGAUGGUUGCUGUUUUUGGCACUCCGCGUACAUGCAUUCAGCCGUUUUAAAGAUUUGGUGACUUGCACAAAUGGUCUGGUUUCUGUGCUGGCUAUUUUGAUUAUUCACGUUCCUGUUCGCUUCAGAAAUUUCAACUUGAAUGACUCUCAACGUUUUGUUAAAAAAGGCGACAAAGGUGUUGACCUACUGGCAUCACUUUGCAACAAAUAUGACACCUCAGAAGAUGAGCUGAGAAAAACAAUGGAGAAGACCAAUAAUUUAAUAGCAGAUAUCCUAAAGAAAAAGCCCCAUAUGGCAUCUGAGUAUAAAAAUGAAAACCUGGAUAACAUAAAUACAGAUGGUUUGAUCUAUUAUGAAGAUUUAAUGGAAGAAUCAUCACUGCGGUCCAGUUUGGAUAUUUUAGAGAAGGAUUAUGAAGAUGCAAUUCGCUGUAAGGGCGAACUGGACGAGAGAGUAUUUAUCAACGAGGAAGACAGUUUACUCGGCUCAGGCAGCUUAUCUGGAGGUGCUAUUAGUGUAACUGGAACCAAGAGAAAAUUUGAUCAGAUCUCCUCACCAACAAAGACAAUUACAAGUCCCCUUUCUCCUCAUCGUUCCCCGGCUUCACAUACAAAUGGCAUUCUUGGUAGCACAAAUUCUAGGAUGGCUGCUACACCUGUGAGCACAGCAAUGACAACUGCGAAGUGGCUGCGGACUGUUAUUUCUCCGCUUCCAUCCAAACCUUCACCACAGCUGGAACGCUUUCUUGCAUCAUGUGAUAGGGAUGUAACUAAUGAUGUCAUACGUAGAGCACACAUAAUAUUGGAGGCUAUAUUUCCAAGUAAUGCUCUGGGAGAGCGUUGUGUUACUGGAAGUCUGCAAAGUACAAACCUGAUGGACAACAUAUGGGCAGAACAACGAAGAUUGGAGGCUCUGAAGUUAUAUUAUAGGGUUUUGGAAGCUAUGUGCACAGCAGAGGCCCAAAUAUUGCAUGCAACUAAUUUGACCUCCUUAUUAACUAAUGAGAGGUUCCACAGAUGUAUGCUGGCGUGUUCGGCUGAACUAGUUCUGGCAACACAUAAGACUGUCACAAUGCUGUUUCCAGCUGUUCUGGAGCGAACUGGCAUAACAGCUUUCGAUCUUAGCAAGGUGAUAGAGAGUUUCAUUAGACAUGAGGAGUCUCUGCCGAGGGAGUUGAGACGGCAUUUGAAUUCAUUGGAAGAACGACUUUUAGAGAGCAUGGUCUGGGAAAAGGGCUCCUCAAUGUAUAAUUCAUUAACAGUUGCAAGGCCUUCUCUCUCUGCAGAGAUAAAUCGUCUUGGGCUAUUAGCAGAACCAAUGCCAUCUCUGGAUGCAAUUGCUGUGCAUAUUAACUUUUCUUCUGGAGGCUUGCCUCCACUAUCUUCUGUGUCGAAGCAUGAAAUAUCUCCUGGGGCUGUUGUUUUUAAUUGUCCAGGUCAGAAUGGGGAUAUCAGGUCUCCAAAAAGACCAUGCACAGACUACCGGAGUGUGUUAGUAGAGCGUAAUUCCUUCACAUCACCAGUGAAGGAUCGUCUACUUGCAUUCACUAACCUUAAAUCAAAGCUACCACCACCUCCUUUGCAAUCUGCCUUUGCAAGUCCGACGCGCCCAAACCCUGGGGGAGGAGGGGAAACAUGUGCAGAAACUGGAAUUAAUAUAUUCUUUAGCAAGAUUAACAAGUUAGCUGCUGUCAGAAUCAAUGGUAUGGUUGAAAGGCUACAACAGUCUCAGCAGCAUAUAAGAGAGAAUGUCUAUCGUCUAUUUCAACAAGUUCUCAGUCAGCAGACGUCUUUGUUCUUUAAUCGUCAUAUUGACCAGAUUAUCCUUUGUUGUUUCUAUGGAGUUGCAAAGAUUUCUAAGGUGAAUUUAACCUUCAGGGAGAUCAUUUACAACUACAGGAAACAACCACAAUGUAAACCACAAGUUUUCCGCAGUGUGUUUGUUGAUUGGUCAUCAGCACGCCACAAUGGGAGGACGGGCCAAGAUCAUGUUGAUAUUAUUACAUUUUACAAUGAAAUAUUCAUUCCUGCUGCGAAGCCUUUGCUGGUGGAGGUUGGUUCAGCUGGAAUAACCGUAAAAGGCAGCCAGGUUCCAGAAGUUAAUAACAAUAAAGAUGGUCAAUGUCCUGCUUCACCUAAAGUUUCUCCUUUUCCAAGUCUGCCUGAUAUGUCCCCGAAGAAAGUCUCUGCAGCGCACAAUGUGUAUGUCUCUCCAUUGCGGACAUCCAAGAUGGAUGCUUUAAUCUCACAUAGCUCAAAAAGCUACUAUGCAUGUGUGGGGGAGAGCACUCAUGCAUAUCAGAGCCCUUCGAAAGACCUGACUGCAAUCAAUAAUCGCUUGAAUGGUAAUAGGAAUAUCAGAGGAUCACUUAAUUUUGACGAUGUCGAUGUUGGUUUGGUUAGUGACUCUAUGGUGGCCAAGAGCCUCUACCUCCAAAAUGGGAGUUGCGCAUCCACGUCUGGUGCACCUCUGAAAACUGAGCAACCUGACCCCUAAGUCAAUGGCUGCGUUUUUCACGAUUGUAAAUUCUAGUCCUCUGCCUAAUUUUCAUCCUUUUCUUUAUAUAUAUAUAUAUAUAUAUAUAUAUAUAUUUAUAUAUAUAUAUACUCAGAAGUGUAUGACAAGGGGUGUUGUAUGUGCGGUUGAGUUGUAGAAUAGCCGCCGCCGCCGCCCUUUCAAGUCCUUUGUAAUUUAGAUACGGAACCUGGAAAUUGAAGGUGUCGCUAACCAGUUAAAUAAAGUUUACCUUCUCUUUU